GCGGGUGCCGGCAGCAUGGCGGAGUCCCAGGUGGUGCUCCUGGACGACCUGCACGUCAACGAGAAGGUGACGGAGGCCCAGGCGCGCUUCUACUACAGCGAGGAGCAGCGGCGGGCCCUGGAGGCGCUGGCGACGCGCGGCGAGGCGGCCUACAGGGAGACGCUGAAGAAGGAGCAGCUCCGCGACUUCCUCUCCGGCCGGGAGCUGCAGGCCCUGCGGGCCGCCUGGCGGGGCUACGACGACCCCCAGGAGGGCGGCAAAGUGGCRCGCGGGCCCGGCGGCGAGACCCUCUCGCUCGCCUACUGGCCCGAGUGCUCCGACACGGAGGUGCCGCCGCUCGACCUGGGCUGGACCGACAAGACCUUCUACCGGGGCAUCAGCCGCGUGGCCCUCUUCACGCACCCGCGCAAGGAGGAGAGCGCGCCGCACCUCAAGGAGGUGGUGCGGGACAUGAUCCAGCAGGCCCAGAAGAUUAUUGCUGUGGUCAUGGAUAUAUUUACAGAUCGGGACAUCUUCCGAGACAUUGUGGAUGCAGCAUAUAAGCGCUGGAUUCCUGUCUAUAUAAUCCUAGAUGAGGAYGGUGUGAAGCUCUUCUUAGAAAUGUGCCGAUGCCUCGAGCUCAAGGACUUGCAGAUCCGGAACAUCCGUAUUCGCUCUGUGACAGGAGUUGGGUUCUAUAUGCCAACAGGGAAGAUCAGAGGUACUCUGGCAUCCCGAUUCCUGAUGGUGGAUGGUGAAAAAGUGGCCACAGGAUCCUACAGCUUCACGUGGAGCUCAUCCCAUGUUGACAGAAACAUCCUACUCGUACUGACAGGACAGCAUGUGGAGAUGUUUGAUAUUGAGUUUCGUGAGCUCUAUGCCAUUUCAGAGGAAGUUAAUCUCUACAAAGAGCUGGGUAUUGCCAAUCCGCUCCCUCCCGGAGUGGGUAAACUGGGUCUUCAUUCCUCCACCGUGGCCCGGAAGAUCAUCAACCCCAAGUAUGGUUUAGUGGCAGGGGCGACCCGCGGCGAUAUGAUGCUCUGGGCUUCACGUCACAGGCAGGAGAACCAGGGGAAUUUGGAAAAGGAGGAAACAAGUGAGUCGAAGAAGCGGUUGAAUCAGUUCCUGAAUGAUUUAGUCACAUUGGAGCAAGAACUCCCAGAGAUUGAGCCCCCUCUGGAGAACCUGAACAAGUUAAAUAGGAGUCCUCAGAAACUGUUCUGUCGRCUCCAGGUGGACUUGAAAAAUAAAUCCAAAUCUAGAGAAUCUAUUCGUGAUAUGAAGAAGGAAGACGCCCAGCCCAACUCAAAGCAAGGGAAACGUUUUGCCAGUGGGCUUUUCAGUCGCAAGGCCAAACGGUCUCCAGGCUCGAGCAGUGAGGCCAAUUCUUUUGCCAGUGAAGGACAUUCAGGAGAAGACCUUGGGAACAUGAAACUGGAAUAUGAACGGCUCAGCAUCGGUCAYGCCAGUGUUCGGAGUGCUGGAGGCAUCUCAGGUAAUCUGGGUCCAAACUCCUCCACGAGUGAUAAAAACAAGCAGCCUACCUGUGUGUUAUCUUGAUGGAGACGGAUCGUCGGGAGAGCGGAAGACUGAACAAGCUGGAACAUCCACCUUUUGACUGAUUUUGAACCUGCAGCCAUGUCCUCCUCACACAGUGGCCUGGGAAGCCACUGUCCAGUGGC